UACUAUCACGUACCUGGUGAUGGAGGCCAAUGGAGAGAGGGCUUCCCUUGCAGCUAAGUUCUGGACUCCCCUGAGAGUGGGACAGCGGGAGUCAGGCCCAAAGUUGCACAGGUCACCUGUAGGAGUGCUGGUUGGUGGUCCACUCAAAAGCACCAAAAUGCACGGAGAUAGGUCUGCAGACAGGAGGCUCCUGUGCGUGCUAUGCAAGAUGUUUCAGGUGAGAAUCAGAGCAGACGUAGUCAGAUAGGAAAGCCGAGGUCAUUCACAGAGGAGUGAGAGAGAGAGUAUCCGUAAGCCAAGCCGAGGGCA